AGCGUCCUGAACGACAAGCAAGCUGCACACUGUUAUGCCGUUGCCGGAGCUCGCACAGGACGAUGUGGAGCAAUGCGCGCUGUUCUCGAAUGCAGCAUCGUACGCCAUCCAGGCGCUGCUAGGUUUAAUUGCCGUCGCCACACUCUGGUACAAGCGCCACGUCGAACGUCCUCGGCGGCCACUACAGAUUUGGCUGAUGGACGUUGGCAAGCAGAUGAUCGGUGCCACCGCGGGCCACUUCAUGAACCUCCUCGCGUCUAUUCAAAUGCCGCCCGUGACGGAUGAAUGUGCCUGGUACUUCCUCAACUUCCUCAGUGACUGUACACUCGGUAUGGUUGUGAGCCUCGCGUUUCUCCGGCUGCAGCAAGAGUUGGCCUUUAGCAUGAAUUGGGUCAAUAUUCAGGAGAGCGGUGACUAUGGAAGCCCGCCAUCGUAUCGGGUGUGGGCGCUGCAACUGGUCGCGUGGCUGGUAAUCAUCCUCUUUUCCAAGGCCAUCGUGGUGUCCGUCAUGAUUGCAGCAGCGACGCCCCUCGGCCUCUUCGGUGAACUACUGUUCCAUUCCCUGCGCGGGUAUCCGUUCGCAGAAUUGGUGCUUGUAAUGAUUGUAUGUCCAAGUUUCCUCAAUGUGGUGCAGUUCUGGAUCCAAGACAGUUUCCUCAAGCGCGACGUAAGUGUGCUGCCGACGGCGUACGCACGGUUCCGACACUCGUUCGAAGAAUCCCUACAAACCAAUCUGCUAUCUCAUUCGCAUGAAUAGGGAAUGCGAGCAGCAAAGACUAACAAUAAUGCAUGACUAGAUGACCGCAAGA